GGUGCACCUGGAAAAUGCAGUUUCGGUAAAGCCCAUUCAAGGUAAAUCACUGCAUCUGGUCAUUCAUCACUGAGGGGAAAGAAGGAACUCAUCAGCUUCACAGUUGGAGGAAGGACAGCCCAAAGCUUCCCUCUUUGUCCAGAGUUCUCUCUGUCCGAACGAUGUCAACUUCCGCUGCAGACAGUGUAGGAAGAGGAACCAAAACCUCUAAAGUAUCAAAGGAUCAUAAAAAGCCCACAGCGGCUGCCCUGAAAGGAGCCAUCCAGCUGGGCAUCGGUUACGCUGUGGGAAACCUCAGCUCCAAACCCGACAGAGAUGUUCUCAUGCAGGACUUCUCUGUAGUGGAGAGCGUUUUCCUGCCCAGCGAGGGCAGCAACCUGACACCAGCCCAUCACUACCCAGAUUUCCGUCUGAAAACGUACGCACCGCUGGCCUUUCGCUACUUCAGAGAGCUGUUUGGCAUCAAACCAGACGACUAUCUGUACUCCAUCUGUAACGAGCCUCUGAUCGAGCUGUCCAACCCCGGAGCCAGCAGUUCCUGGUUCUACCUCACCAGCGAUGAUGAGUUCAUCAUUAAGACGGUGCAGCCUAAAGAGGCCGAGUUCCUGCAGAAGCUUCUUCCUGGUUACUAUAUGAAUCUGAAUCAGAACCCAAGGACGCUGCUGCCCAAGUUCUACGGCCUUUACUGCAUCCAGUGCAGCGGUGCCACCAUCCGCGUGGUGGUGAUGAACAACGUGCUGCCGCGCGCCAUGAAGAUGCACUAUAAGUACGACCUGAAGGGUUCUUCGUACAAACGCCGUGCCUCACGUAAAGAGCGUGGCAAACCUUCACCCACAUUCAAAGACCUGGACUUCCAGGAGAUGCACGAGGGCCUGCACUUCGACCCGGACACCUACAGUGCCCUGAUGAAGACCCUGCAGAGGGACUGUCGGGUCCUGGAGAGCUUUAAGAUCAUGGACUACAGUCUCCUGCUGGGGAUUCAUGUUUUGGACCGGAAGCCGCUGAGCAGAGGAAACCGAUGUGACAGCAGGAAAGGACAGAAAGUCCUCUACUCCACUGCCCUCGAGUCCAUCCAGGGGAACGUGAAGGCUCCUGAACCAGUGGCUGAUGACGAUGAAACACUGGGUGGAAUUCCUGCCAAACAUAAAGACGAGAACCUUCUGAUCUUUUUAGGAAUCAUUGACAUCCUUCAGUCCUACAGGUUCAUCAAGAAGGUUGAACACUCCUGGAAAGCUCUUGUGCAUGAUGGGGACACAGUGUCGGUUCACAGGCCCAGUUUUUACGCGGACAGAUUUCUGAAGUUCAUGGGGACGACUGUAUUUAAAAAGCUCUAUUCUUUAAGAGGAACAUCUUCAAAGAGGAAGAGGAGUUCCCUUUAUGCAGUGAAAUCAGCCUCUCAGGAGUUUCUGUCGCCACAGAAGGAGGAGAAGAAGGAGGAGAAGAAGGCCCAGAGCAUGGACAACCUGGAUGGAAACUUUUACAGUUCCUCCAAACAGCCGGAUCUCCUUCCGAAAGUUUCUUUCCAGGGGAUCCAAAAAGACGAGGACGAUCUUGAAAACAGUGAAGACAGACGAGCCUCCAGUUCAACAAUCGCUCUGGACGACCCUCUGCCGUCUCUCAGCAGGAGCACAUCAGACUCUGAGCUGGACGUCUACUUGGGACAUUGUCACGAUGAAUCCAGGGGUCACUGGGUGUUUCUGCAUUUUCAGCAUCACAAAGUCUCACCCAGGCGACCCAGCUGGAGUUGAUCAGUGCUUUGUGUCCCAGCAUCCAUAAACUUGAAGAGAAACGAGUGAUGGCUCGUCUCCAGCCACCUGGACGUCAGACCUUUGACCUCCCAGUCCUGCGUGUCAAGACAUCAGCACUUCACAACAGUGUUAAUGUGACACAAACUUUAAGUAACACAUUGAUGUCAGCUUCUUCACUGUGAGCAUCACUCUGUGCCUCCGAGACUUCCCUUUUUAAGUCAGAGUAAAUGUGCCAAAUCACUGAUUCUUCUGUAGAAAUCCCGUCAUGAACAGAUGGGGACACAGUUUGUGUUUGUGUGCGUGAAGAUCACUGAACCACUGUGUUAGUGUAAAACACUACGGAGCUGUUUCUUUUCCUGUUAUCUGCACUUUGCUGCUAAUUUAACAACAGUGCUAACAAAAGAAAAAUCCUCUUGGAUGUCUGAAUUAUGUGCAAAUGUUCAAAUGUUCUCAGCGGCUGGAUCCCUGAAGAAAUAGAUUGUCUUGUUGUUUAAUCAGCUUCAGGAAAAAAUGAUGCUGUCAUUUUUAAAUCAUAUAAUGAUACAGAGCCAUGUUGAGAUCAUUCUGGUGUCAGGAAUCUGAGUGGAAAUUCAUCUGUCAAGACAUUCAAGUACGCAUGAGUGAUAGUGUUUAUAACCUUAUCAACAUGAUAGAAUCCCAAUUUACACAAAAUAAUAUAUCAAUAUUAUGCUACACAAUUAUUUAUUCUGUAUCUUUGUAUUUCUUUUUUCAAACUUCAUUUCUGCUGCCACCAUUACAAAAAAAGUAUUUCAGUUCAGUUUCUUGUUAUAACAAGAUUUUUUUUCAUGUUACAAUAUAUUUUUCUGUCUUUGACCUUUCAUGCAUCCCUCUGUCAUUUCUCUAGAAAAUGUACAUUUCAUUUUCGCUUGGAUUUAUUGAAGCUGUCUGUCAUGAACCGUUUUGAAUCCUGGAUUUUAGUAAUGAGCACAUGGUACGUUAUGUCCACCAAUGUAUGUUCUGUCUUCUCUUUGUGCCUUCAGAAGUUUAAGAAUCUGUGCUUUCAUGUGAUUUAUAGGCCUACAACUGUAUUAUAGCAAUACUUUAAACUUGUACAUGUGAAAUAAAUUAAUAUUUUAUGUUCUUAAA